GCAGAUCCACCUCAGCGUCAGAGCAGGUCGUGUUGUGUCUCUGUGCUGCUGGUGGUGAGCUGUUCUUGACUCACGCUGUGUUUUGCUCAUCAGUGUCGCCUCCCCUGUCACAGUGAGGAAACAGCUCUUUCCACUCCCGCUUUAAAUGGAUGUAACCUGGGCCGGCAGACACUAACAGCUUGUUGACUGAAACAGAAAUAGGAAGAACUAUGUCGCUGGUGAAAAUGGAGGUUUCGUGUAAUAAGUUCCAGGCGAACGUGUUCGACCAAAGCAGAUGUCAGAACUGCUUUAAAUCCCGCGAGCUGCACGUGACGACGCGCGAGGAAAUGGAGCAGCUAUACUAUAUCCAUAUUUUACAGGUGAAACCCAUCUAUGCAAGCUGGCUCUGCCUUGCACCUGAAGGGUUGGAUUUCGACAGUCCAAUGCAGCGGUCCAGGAAAUGGCAGCGUCGCUUUUUCAUCCUGUAUGAGCACGGCUGCUUAGAGUUUGCUCUUGAUGAGUUGCCAAGUACAGUUCCCCAAGGAACUGUGAACUUGCAUCAGUGCACUGAUGUGAUUGACGCAGAGGACAGGACAGGACAGAAAAACACACUGUGCAUCAUCACUCCAGACCAAGAGAUUUACAUCCGUGGAGACAGCAAAGAGAUCAUCAGUGGUUGGUGCGAGCAGCUUCUAGUUUUCAGACAGACCAAUGAACAAAGGCGAAGGAAAAAAGGAAGCAGGACGCCUGUUCCCUCACAGGAGGAAGCAUCUAUAAUAAAACCUGUGUGCAGCAUUGGAGCUGCAUACACAGGAACAGUAGAAGACAAUAAACUACGUUACCCAAGGGAGGAAGAUGAACCAAGUGAGAAAACUGAGGAUAUGAACGUAGGCCAGGAUGUGAAUGUUACCACCCCUGAUUCUGAUUCCCUCGGCUCAGGAAAGUUGAAAACUCAUGACAUUAAUCAGGAGACCUUCAGUGUAGACACACAUCAAGCUGAGGGUGGUUCGAGCCUUCAGUUGUCCUUUCACCAUCAUCCGACAUCUGUCCACAGCCCUGAGCCGUGGAGAACUGUGACCCGUGACCUGUCUCCAUCUGAUUUGCCUCUCAACAGCAGUGCUUCCCACUCUCUACAUUGGCAAGAGGAUGAUGCAGAGAACUGUGCUAAAAAACAUACUAUGUCCUCAUCAUUAGCAAAGCAUAUGACACAAGACCAAGAAAAUACUGAAGAACUCCAUGCUGGGACACAAGAAGAUAAGAACGGCAAGGAUUCUUGCUUCAUCACGUGCAGCAUGCCUGGGGAUGAGUGUUGGACUAAUGAAAAUGAAAAACAGUGUAAAAUGUGUCCAGAGUGCAGCAGCAGAAGUCAAACUGGCCACAUCCAGAACACGGAGAAGUCUGUAGGACUGCUGGAAGCACCACAAAGCAACAUUCCUCCUCUGAGAAGACUGCAGACAGUGGAAAUCAAAGCUUCAGAGUCUACCAUGACGCCAGACCUUUUGAACUUCAAAAAAGGGUGGCUCUUCAUGGAUGACCAUGAUCGGUGGAGGAAGUACUGGUUUGUGCUGUCUGCUCAUAGCCUACGUUAUUACUUUGACUCUGGAGCAGAGGAGGUAUCACAACUAGUAGGAGAAAUUGACCUGACUACUUGUCACAGAGUGACUGAGCUUCAUGAUCAGAGGAACUUUGGCUUUGAACUAUGGACUCAUAGAAUGGUCUACAAGUUGGCCACUACAACUGCUGGGAAGCGACAAAACUGGAUCCAGGCUCUUACAAAGAAUAUUCAGGACCAGAAUGCCCCAGAUGUUGCCAGCAUUCCAGAUAACUGUCCAUCCAGAGUGGGCCCUCACUCUGGGCCAGAUGUUACUCAAGAAUCCAUGUCUCUGUCUUGCCCUGUCAAUGAAAAGUGCUGCACAAAACAGAGAUCUGAUCACUAUAGGAGGCGCCGAGGCCGCCCUAAAACUUCCCGCUGGACUGAUAUGUUAAUCCAGGAAGGGACCAGAGAACAAGAGAGGGUAGAGCAGAAUGCAGAAGAGAGCAUCAGUAGGCGGAGGGGAAGAGAGGAGCGCAGGCAAAGGUAUGCCAUCGUGAUGGGGUCCUCAGUAUGCCCCUUAGAUGAGAGGAACAGCUCUACACAGGAGAAUCAGCAGCAAGAGAGAAUGAGGGAGAUUGAAGAAUGUUGGCUGCAGGUGGAGAAGAUGGCUAUCAGAGAGGAGAAGAGGGUGCUGCUUUACCCAGAAUACCAGAGUGAGGACUCUGUUGAGCUGAAGAAACUUCUAGAACAUUACGGGAAGAGAAUGGAGGAACUGACUGUCCGGUCAGAGUCAGCAAAUCAGGAAUACUCACAAGAUCAUGCACAUGGCACAGACUGGAGUUUGGGGCAGGAACCAACAUGUGAUCCUGGAACCGAAUGGGAACCUCAGAAGAUAGGUCCAAAUAAACAAAAUCCCAGUCUGACUGACAAGUACCAAGAGCCCAAAGGGCUUGUGAGUUUGAAAGAUCUAAGAAGACAACAGAUCAGUGACCUCCUGGACCUUUAUCCUUUAUCCCAGUCCAACUCUGAAUUCACAAAUGAACCUAAAAGAAAGAGUGAAUGCAAUCUGUUGCAUCAGGGAAUUACUUCUGACAAACCCAUUAAGAGCCUCAGUUCACUUGGUUUGUGCCAGGCAAGCAGAGACUUGGGAGAUGACCCUACUUGGGCCAGAAUGUUCAGUGAAAGAACUGCGCUGAUGAUAAGAGAAGGUACUGUUUCAGAUCAAGCCAUGGUGAAGCUGUUAUCUCAGGAAGCUGAAUUCCUGACUAGACAAAAUGAGGCCCUUAACCAGCGGAAUCAAGAACUGGUAAACCAGCUAGCUGAAGCAGACCGAGAGAUAGACAGGCUUAAGGCAGAGCUUUUCUCUCAACCAAAUGGCCACCAGCCAGAACUGGAGUCCAUAGUGGAGUGUUUGGAAUUGGAAUUGGCCAGGAGCUGUGGGCAACUCCAGGAGGCACAGACUCAGCUAGCAGAAAUGGAGGAUAAUCUGAAAGACACUCAUCAAACUCUGCAGCUGAAGGAGGCUACGCUUAGAGGCCUGGGCUUGUUAAACAUGGACAGUGAAUACAAAAUAGCAUUUCCAGAAAUAAUUGAUAGACUCCAUCAGUGUGUGCAGGUGCUGGAGUUCAAAGUCUCUGAGUUGGUGAGCCAACAAUGGCUUUCAACUCUGACAUGUAAGGAACUACAGACCCAGAACACCUCUCUCAUGAAAUUAGAGGUUCAGAAUAGUCAGAAGAUAAUGGAGGAUGACACGAAAAACAUGAUGUUGGAAAGAGAGCUAGAAUCUAAUAUACCUCUGUGUGAAGGAUUGGCACACACAAAAGACGAGCAGCAUCAGAACAGAAUAGAAACAGUUGAAGUAGCAUUAAAGAAGAGGUCCAAUGUGUUUAGUUUGUUAAUAGAGGUCAUCCGUCAACUAGCUGGAAAUGAGAUGCCAGAAUCUGUCUCAGAACAUGAGACUGCACAGAUGAACCCCAAAGUGUUAAGGAGGCUACAAUUGGAAAAAGACAUUUGGGAAAGCUUUGUGAACACUUUAAAGAGCGCUACCUCUGAUAACUUGGAGAAUGAGGAAGCUGCCUGUCUACUACGGAGUGCCGAGAUGAAACUAGGGGAAGUUAAAAUGUACCUUUCAGCCCUCAGCAUUUACAAAAGUAUCAGUUGUAACCCACUAACCCUGAGCAGCAAUUCAGGACCAGAUAAUUCAGGCAAUACAUCUUCAAGUAACCCUGACAUUAUUGGUAUAAAUGAUGGAAAAAUGGAGAAGGAACAAAAUAAUGUUAUGUGGAAAGGUCUGAAAGAGCACAUGGAGAAGAGAUUGAUCCUGAUUGAUCAUGUAACAUCUAAAUUGGAAUCAUUUACCAAUAAUGAAACUCUUUCUGAGAUAACAAGGCAGUUUCAGAAAACAAAUACAUUCUAUCCUAUAAUCAGUGUUGUCAUGGACAUUAUGGCUGCUUAUUUGGUAGAGAAGCUGAGUCAUUCUGUAAUAAUGCAAAAAUCUGUAGCAAUACAAACUGAAAACCAAGAGAUGCUGGAACAGAACAUCAUGGCUGUUAAUGAAAAACCUGAGGUCAGUGAAGGCACUGGGAAAGAAACUAUUACCUAUUUGAAAAGUCGAAUUAAGGAACUGGAGCACCUGCUAUCUGAGAGACUGACAUCUCUACAGCAGCAACACGAAAAGGACAAGGAGAGACUCAAGGUGGACAUAAUGGCUGGAUUUGAACAGGGCAUCACCUUGUUGAGGGAGUCUCAUAGGAAAGCCACAGAAGUCCUUCUCCUCAAACACCAGCGGGAGCAGGAGUUGUUAAAGGAGGAGAAAGAAAGACUUCUAACUGAAGAAGUGGCCGCCUGUCUCACUGUUAUAGAAACUAUGAAGAGAGCCCAUAGCUCAGAGCUGGAGAAAAUGCUUCAGAAGGCAUGUCGGGAGAAGACCUAUAGCGGUGGCACAAAUAUUGACGUGAUACUGAAAAAUCACAGUGAGGAGUUGUCAGCAGUUCAGAGGGAGCUGGAUGCAUUGUCUGAGCAGUACACGCAAAAAUGUCUGGAGAAUAUGCACCUGGCUGAAGCUCUGCAGGCAGAGAGAGACGCUCUACAGCAGUAUCAGUGCCAGAACCUAGCACUUAGUGCUCACAAUCAGGAGCUAACUAGUCACCUUGCUGAGGAGAUCAUGAGAUUGUCAACAGUGGCAAAGGAUGGUUGUAAUCAUGAUAGGGAACAAUAUGAACUGAUGAUCAAGCUCCAGGUAAAAGAGUUCUGUCAGGAACAGGAAAUUGACAUUUUAAAAAAUGAACUCUAUGCUGCCAAAAUGGAUCAAAAAGUUGCUUCAGAGAGAUUCCAAGAAAUUCAGACAGAACUCAACUUGGUCAAGGAGACAGCAGAACAACAAAUUUCACAGCUGAAUGAGAAUCUGAGACUAGUUUAUGAGGCCUUAGAAGAGUCUAUAAAGAAGACGACGCCAGCUACUCCACUUGCUGCUUCCUCCCAGCCUGUGCUAUUUAAAAGCUGACAAAUAUCAUGUUACACUAAAUUUUUCCAUACCUGAUAUUUAAAAUGCAAUAUUAAAUUUUAUUAGGAUAUCCAUAAAGUAGCUUGUGAAGUUUAUCAGUGCAAAUGAAGAGAUCAGACAGCCUUCAAUUGGUGUAAAACUAAUCAAAGGAUAAAAUUUUUAGAUUUGUGUCCAUCACAGAAUGUUUGUUAGGUUUCUGUAUCAUAGCAAGGCAGACACAGUGUUUCCAUAAUGAAUAUCUACACUCUAAGAGAAGAAGGGUUCUUUGGAUAGUUAAUGAGUUUUGGGUUAAAUGGGUUCUACAGCACGGAAAGAUACACACACAUCUGAUGCAUGCAUAAAAUAUUUAAGGGUUUAACAAGAAGGCCAAACCAGCAAAUACUUUUUCUUAGAAUCUAAAUCAUGAUGUCGAUUUUGUAUCUUUAUUUUUUGUACAAAGCUUUAAAGAUCUUUAAUUAUGAACAAAGUUAGUUAAUUGUUGCAGUCAAAAUGAAAUCUUGCAAAUGGUGUUUACCUCUCAGUCAGAAGAUAAUGUAGCAACAUAUUCCUAUAUAUACUGUAUGCUAUACAUCUAAAUAUGUGUUGUAUAUUUCUGUAUUAAUUUUUGUUUUUGUGGUAUAAUAUAAUUUGUUUUGUUAUAUGAGAGAGUUUGUACUGUGAGGGAGGUGGUAGGCAAGGGCAAAUACCAUUUAUUGGGUAAGACAUUGGUUUGAUGGUUAAAAAAAAUCUAAGUAAGCUGUAUAGUGAUUUAUUUAACUAAUUUGAUUCUGUUCACAGAGGUAACUGAAGUUCUGUUAAAGUACACAAUUUAAAUUUCACAUUUAUUUCAUAUUAAAGGUGGAAAUACAAAA